AUGACCGAUAACAAGACUAGUGCUAUCCUUCACCGUGACACACGCUUUAUCCCGAAGAAGGCCAUUGGCGGAAAGGGUAGCUACAUCUUUCUGGAAGAUGGAACUAAAUUCCUCGAUUCGACUGGCGGCGCCGCUGUCUCUUGCUUAGGGCAUGGCAAUGAGCAAGUCACAACCAUGAUUAAAGAGCAGAUGGACCAAUUGAGUUAUUGCCACUCUGCAUUCUUCGGUACACAGGUAGCCGAAGACCUCGCUCAACUUCUGGUUGACUCUACCGGUGGAAGAUUAUCCAAGCUCUUUGUCGUCAGCUCAGGAUCUGAGGCUGUCGAGGCCGCACUCAAAUUAGCACGCCAGUACUUCUUGGAACUCCCUACUCCCCAACCUGAGCGUUACCGGUUCAUUGCUCGCCUACCCUCAUACCAUGGUACUACUCUAGGAGCUUUGUCUGCUGGUGGACACGUUCAGCGUCGGGAGCCCUUUGAGCCUCUUCUCUCUAAGAACACAUCUCAUGUUUCCCCUUGCUAUGCUUAUCGCGGCAAGUUGGAGGGCGAAUCUGAUGUGGACUACGUGUCACGACUUGCGGCCGAACUAGACGCUGAGUUCCAACGCGUCGGUCCCGAAACUGUUUGCGCAUUCAUCGUGGAGCCUGUCGUUGGCGCGGCCCUUGGAUGUGUCCCUGCGGUGCCAGGAUAUUUCCGUGCAAUGAAAGCCGUGUGCGAGAAGCAUGGUGCCCUCUUUAUCCUCGAUGAGAUCAUGAGUGGUAUGGGCCGUUGCGGAACGCUGCAUGCUUGGGAGCAAGAAGAUGUUGUUCCAGAUAUCCAAACUAUCGGAAAAGGACUAGGCGGCGGCUAUGCUCCGGUCUCGGGUAUUUUGAUUGGAGAUUCCAUUGUUCGAACUAUGGAUAAGGGCACCGGAGUGUUCCGCCACGGACAAACCUAUCAAGGCCACCCGAUCUCAUGUGCUGCUGCGUUGGCUGUGCAGAAGACAAUCCAGGAGCAAUCUCUAUUGGAUAAUGUCCGAGCUAUGGGCGCUUACCUGGAAGCACAAUUGAGGCAGCGAUUCGAAAGCCAUCCCCAUGUGGGUGAUAUUCGUGGAAAAGGAUUGUUCUGGGGUCUCGAAUUUGUCAAAGACAAGACUACCAAAGAGCCGUUUGAUCCCAAGGAACGUCUUUCUUUCUUGAUUCAAGAGAAAGGAUUGGAGCCUAAGCAUAGUGUCUCACUGUACGGCUGCUCGGGCACCGUGGAUGGAAUUCGAGGAGAUCAUCUUGUUCUCGCGCCACCUUACAUUGUUACCAGGGAGGAGAUUGACAUUCUUGUGGAUACCUUGGCCAAGGUCCUUGAGGAAAUAUUUAUCUCGGUCUAG